UGAAAAAUUCAUUUGGAAUUCAAAGAAUCUGUUGUUCGUGGUUCAGAAUGGGAUUUUUCUCCAAAGCCGCCUACAUUGUUUGGGCUGUUCUCUUCGAACAGGAGAUUAUGAGCUAUGUACCCAUCGAAGAACGCAGUCCACAAGGUUCACCAGUGCUCAAUUCACGCAUGUUGCAACGAGCUCCGCCACCAUUCCGGCGUGAUUUCGAAGCAAAACUGAGAAGUUUCUAUAGGAAACUGGAAUCAAAGGGUUAUGGCCAGGGGCCACAUAAAUUAAAAUUACAAAUACGACGUACCCAUUUACUUGAAGAUGCCUUCCGUCGUAUUAUGUCUGCCAAUAAAAAAGACUUACAAAGAGGUCGUUUAGCUGUGUUGUGGGAUACUGAAGAAGGUCUGGACUAUGGUGGUCCCUCAAGAGAAUUCUUUUUCCUGCUAUCACGUGAACUAUUCAAUCCCUAUUAUGGCCUCUUUGAAUAUUCAGCCAAUGACACCUAUACCGUACAAGUGUCACCACUUUCAGCCUUUGUGGACAAUUGCCAUGAUUGGUUCCGUUUCAGUGGCCGUGUCCUGGGCCUAGCUUUAGUUCAUCAAUAUCUAUUAGAUGCCUUUUUCACACGGCCAUUUUACAAGGCUCUACUAAGACUUCCCGUAGCUUUAAGUGAUUUAGAAUCCUUGGAUAAUGAAUUCCAUCAAUCUCUACAAUGGAUACGUGACAAUGACAUCGGAACCGGCAUUGAUUUGGGUUUGACAUUCUGUGUCACCGAAGAACUGCUGGGGCGUGUUGUCGAACGGGAAUUGAAACCAGGUGGUAAAAAUAUAAUCGUUAAUGAGAAAAAUAAAAAGGAAUAUUUAGAGCGUAUGAUCAAAUGGCGUUUGGAACGUGGUGUCCAAGAGCAGACAGAAUCAUUGGUACGUGGCUUCUAUGAAGUCGUUGAUUCUCGUCUGGUAUCGGUAUUCGAUGCCCGUGAAUUGGAAUUGGUUAUUGCCGGUACGGCAGAAAUAGAUAUUAACGAUUGGCGCCUUAAUACCGAAUAUCGUUCCGGUUAUCAUGAUAAUCAUCAGGUGAUUAUAUGGUUCUGGCAGGUAAUUGAGAAAUUCACCAAUGAGCAACGUUUACGUUUGCUGCAAUUUGUCACGGGGACCUCAAGUAUACCGUAUGAAGGUUUUUCGGCACUGCGCGGAUCAACGGGCCCGCGGCGAUUUUGUAUUGAAAAAUGGGGUAAACCAAAUGCCUUGCCACGUGCUCAUACAUGUUUCAAUCGUUUAGAUUUGCCACCAUAUCCAACACCUGAAUUACUAUAUGAAAAACUGUUAUUGGCUGUUGAGGAGACAAAUACUUUUGGUAUUGAGUAA